UGACAAGACAACAUAAGAUCCUCCGCAGUCUCUCACCCAGAGUUGUUCUGGCCUGUCCACAUUGUUUCUGUAACUUCUGUGUCUCUGGAUGGCUAGUGAAGAGGGAUGUUCACUCUAAUGGCCAAUUGCUGCAGUUGGUUAAAACGGUGGCAGGAACCUGUCAGGAAGGUGACACUGAUAAUGGUGGGUCUUGAUAAUGCCGGUAAAACUGCUACUGUCCGAGGCAUUCAGGGAGAGUCUCCUGAAGAUGUGGCUCCAACAGUUGGGUUUUCCAAGAUUAACCUAAAACAGGGACGGUUUGAAGUCACCAUCUUUGAUUUAGGAGGUGGAAAAAGAAUUCGAAAUAUCUGGAGAAAUUACUACGCUGAGUCCUACGGUGUAAUAUUUGUUGUGGAUUCCAGUGACAUUGAAAGAAUGGAAGAAACAAAGCAAGCCAUGACAGAUGUUUUAAACAGCCCUAAGAUCUCAGGAAAACCUGUGUUAGUGUAA